AUGAUGGGUCCAGCUCUCGAUCUAGGGCUCAACCUUCUUGUUUUCGUCGCUCUACUGGCGAUUGCCGCCUGCAUCUUCAGUGUUCCCAGCAGCAAAGAUGAGAACGCCUCAAAAACAUCUUCGCAUCGCAAAAGGCUGGCAGAUUUCGGUGAGGAACAGGAGUCUCCGCUCGAACAGGGGCAGCGCUGUUUCGGGACGGUGCAGCGCUACUCUGAGCGAAACGGCAUCGGCUUCAUCGCAUGUGCUCCCUGCAGGGCUGUUUAUGGACGUGAUGUACAGUUAUUUCAAGAAGACUGGGAGGCCUUGGAGCUCACAGUUGGAUCAGCCGUCAGUUUCUUUCUUUGCGUGGAAGAGCGUUUUCCGUGCCCGAAGGGGAGGCCUUGGGCUGCAGAUGUGCAGCGAGUUAGGUGA